AUGUUUGAAGCACAGGCUUUGCUUCAUCAUCAACUGGUUCAGCCCAAGUCCCAAAACACAGCUGUGGUCAAGAAAGGUUUGCCUAUUAUAGACACAAGCCGUGAAGCUAGUGCACAAGGCUUACUUAACUCUCGACAGAAAAACUGGUUGAAUGGUUUACCUUUUGACAUAUACACAGAAAAUCCUGUUCUUUACAAACAACAUGCUGAUUAUAUUCAAGCCAAAAAAAAGAAGAACCAAUAUCCACCUGAGAAGUCCAUGGUUCAAGCCUUACCUGAAACAGUUGCUUCCAAACCACAUUCAUCAAAUAUUGUUGAGAGAAUUGAAACUUCCCGUCAUAUGAGGCAUGAUGCAGCACUUGAAGACCUAAGCCAUGAACUCAAUAUCAUUGCUUCUAAACUGGAAAAUCUAAUUGAAGAAGCUACUCAAACAUUAUUCCAACAAUUGGAGGAAGAUGAUAAGGAAAUUGAAGACCUCCUUUCCCUUAUUGAAACUGAUGAGGAUAUACUCCAGUUUAACUACAAAAGGCUUGAAAACUUAUGGUAUCAGAUCCAAGAGCGUUUACCUCAACGUCAAAAUUAUAUGCAACAACUGGAUGAAAAAUUCAGUAAGGUAGAAGAAAUUCGAUCAGUACAGGUACAACAACUCUUUCUGAAAUACUUACAAAUGUUCGAGAAAAUUGCUUACAAAAGCAAAAGUGAAAUACAAAGAAUGAUGGAUAACAUAGCUCAGAUGAUUAAUCAGACCUUGCUGAACAAUCGAUUGAACUACACAAAUAUUUAUUUUCAACUGAUGAUAGCUGACACUGAAAGAGAAAAGAAACAACAUAUUUAUUGGAAAACACGUGUCGAGUUUUGGAAAGAUGUAAACAUCCAUCGUUUCCUUGAGCAAUUCAGGGAUUACCUGUGUUCCAGUGAGGUCAUUAAUCCUCCUGUUAUUGAAGAAUUGAAAGAGAAAAUGGUUGCUGAACACACAAGCUUAAAUAACCAAUACAAAGAACUACUAAAUGCAUUAAGAAAUUUAUAUCCACCAAAAUGUCUACCAAGGCUCUUUGAACAAUGGUAUGAACAAACGCAAGUGGUCUCCAGAGGAAUGUAUGAAACUGCCGGGAUUUAUGUAUUGGAAUUAGAAAAAGAAAAUGAAGUAGCUAUUAAAAGCUGUACAGAGAAAUUUGAAGAGACCAAGCUAUUGCUUAUUAUGAAUCAGCUCUGUUGUUCUGAUAAGGCAGCCACAUUGAUGGAGGAGUUUUCACCCAUGAUUAAAGAGAUUGAGAUGAAUUUUAUAGGCUCCAUGGUUGAACUGAAGAUGGAUCUUGAUAAACAAUUUGAACACUCUAAUCAGCUCAUCGCAGACAUUUAUAUUUUUCUUCAAUCUGUUGCAAAACUUUGGCAAACACAUGAAACUGGAUUAGGCCAACAAGAGGAAAUGCUUCAUGAGAGUCUACAAGAACACAGAUGUUGGCAUAAUGAACAAAACCAGAAAAGAGAAGAUAAACUGGACUCCAUUUUGGAUGAAAUGAGACAAGGGGAUAAUGAAGGAGUCUUGAAUUCUCUCCAACAACAGACCAAAAUACUAUUAACAAACAUUCAAAUAAGUUAUCAGGACUUUUAUGCAGAGCAAGUAAAGAUAGUGAAAACUUAUCCCAAUAUGGUGGCCAGGCAACUUGAAUAUUAUAAAGAAAACAUCUGCGUAUUUUUCAAAUUACAAAAAGUGGAUAUGUCUCAGAGCAAAAUAGUUCCAGCAGGAGAGGACACAGAAGAAUAUAAUGAAACUGUUAGCCAUACAGAUUCUGUCUCAUCAGCCGUAAGCAGCAAACCAGAUGAUAUGAAUACACCAAAAUCUUUAGAUUUAUCUGGAGACACUCCGUUUUCAAGUGAACCAAACGAAUCUUCAAAGGCGGCAUCAAAAUUAUCUGAAAAUGAAGUUUCUACAAGGAUAACACCUGAAAAAACAACUCCAACUGACAAUGACCGCAUGGAACAAGUAGAGAACGAUGACAAUACUUCCACAUCUUCAAAACAUUUAUCUGCUGUUGAAUCUAAGGUGAGAUGA